AUGUCCGGCCUCCGCGCCCGGGCGCUCGCCGUCGCCGCGGCGGCCGCGCUCGCGCUCGCGCUCAUGGCGCCCGGCGCCGCGGCGGCGUGGGAGCUCACCAAGAAGGGCACCGUGGUCUCCUACGACCGCCGCUCGCUCAUGAUCGACGGCCGCCGGGAGAUCUUCUUCUCCGGGUCCAUCCACUACCCGCGGAGCCCGCCAGACAUGUGGCCAGACCUCAUCGUCAAGGCCAAGGAGGGCGGCCUCAACGUCAUCGAGAGCUACGUCUUCUGGAACAUCCACGAGCCCGAGAAGGGCGUGCUCAACUUCGAGGGCCGGUACGACAUGGUCAAGUUCUUCAAGAUGAUCCAGGAGCACGACAUGUACGCCAUCGUCCGGAUCGGGCCCUUCAUCCAGGCCGAAUGGAACCAUGGAGGCCUGCCCUACUGGCUAAGGGAGGUGCCUGACAUUGUCUUCCGGACGAACAACGAGCCAUUCAAGAUGCUCAUGGAGAAGUUUGUGAACCUCAUAGUGAAAAAGCUCAAGGACGCCAACCUGUUUGCGUCGCAGGGAGGUCCCAUCAUUCUAGCACAGAUUGAGAAUGAGUAUCAGCACCUGGAGGCGGUGUUCAAAGAGGAGGGCACCAAGUAUAUCAACUGGGCAGCGAAGAUGGCCCAAGCUACCAACACCGGCGUGCCAUGGUUCAUGUGCAAGCAGACCAAAGCUCCUGGUGAAGUGAUCCCAACCUGCAAUGGGAGGAAUUGUGGAGAUACAUGGCCUGGUCCAACCAACAAGACCAUGCCUCUCUUGUGGACUGAGAACUGGACAGCGCAGUACAGGGUAUUUGGUGAUCCACCAUCCCAGCGUUCGGCCGAGGACCUUGCAUUCGCUGUGGCGCGUUUCUUCUCUGUCGGGGGUACUAUGACAAACUAUUACAUGUAUCAUGGGGGUACGAACUUUGGAAGGACAGCUGCUGCUUUUGUGAUGCCAAAAUACUACGACGAGGCGCCUCUCGAUGAAUUUGGCCUGUACAAGGAGCCUAAAUGGGGCCACCUCAGGGACCUGCACCAGGCGCUGAGGCUUUGCAAGAAGGCCCUGCUAUGGGGGACGCCGUCAGUACAGAAGCUGGGCAAGCAAUUCGAGGCGAGGGUGUUCGAGUUGAAGGAGCAGAACGUGUGCGUGGCGUUCCUCUCCAACCACAACACCAAGGACGACGUGACCAUGACAUUCCGGGGACAGCCCUACUUCGUUCCACGCCAUUCCAUCAGCAUCCUCGCCGACUGCAAGACCGUCGUCUUCAGCACCCAGCACGUGAACGCACAGCACAAUCAGAGGACGUUCCACUUCACGGAACAGACGGUGCAGAACAACGUAUGGCAGAUGUUUGACGAGGAGAAGGUCCCCAAGUACAAGCAGGCCAAGAUCAGGACGCGCAAGGCACAGGAGCUCUACAACCUAACCAAGGACAAAACUGACUACGUCUGGUACACCUCGAGCUUCAAGUUGGAGGCCGACGACAUGCCGUUCCGCCGCGACGUCCGUCCUGUGCUCGAGGUCAACAGCCAUGGCCACGCCUCGGUGGCGUUUGUCAACAACGUCUUCGUAGGAUGCGGUCACGGGACCAAGAUGAACAAGGCGUUCUUGCUCCAGAAGCCCAUGAACCUGAAAAUGGGCGUCAACCACGUCGCCGUCUUGUCAUCGACGCUGGGAAUGAUGGACAGUGGCGCUUACCUGGAGCACCGGGAGGCCGGCAUCGACAGGGUGCAGAUCCUGGGCCUCAACGCGGGCACGCUGGACCUGACGAAUAACGGCUGGGGCCACAUCAUCGGCCUCGUCGGCGAGCAGAAGGAGAUCUACACCGAGAAGGGCAUGGGGAGCGUCACCUGGAAGCCCGCCGUGAAGGACAAGCCGCUCACAUGGUACAAGAGGCACUUCGACAUGCCGUCGGGAGAGGACCCGGUGGUGCUCGACCUGAGCCCGAUGGGCAAGGGCAUGAUGUACGUCAACGGCGAGGGCAUCGGCCGCUACUGGAUCUCAUACAAGCACGCCCUCGGUCGGCCAUCACAGCAGCUGUACCACGUGCCGAGAUCCUUCUUGCGCGAGAAGAACAAUGUGCUGGUGCUGUUCGAGGAGGAAGGCGGGCAUCCGGACGCGAUCAUGAUCCUGACGGUGAAGCGCGACAACAUCUGCACCUUCAUCUCGGAGAAGAACCCGGCGCACAUCAAGUCGUGGCAGCGCACGGACAGCCAGAUCACGGCGAAGGGGGGCGGCGACCUCAAGCCCAAGGCGACGCUGUCGUGCCCGCUCAAGAAGGUGAUCCAGCAGGUGGUGUUCGCGAGCUUCGGCAACCCGCAGGGCAUCUGCGGCAACUACACCGCCGGCAGCUGCCACACGCCGCGCGCCAAGGAGGUGGCGGAGAAGGCCUGCCUGGGGCAGCGGACCUGCACGCUCCCCGUGGCCGCCGAUGUGUACGGCGGCGACCUCAACUGCCCCGGCACCACGGCGACGCUCGCCGUGCAGGUCAAGUGCUCCAAGAGGUCGCCCGGCGCCCCCGCCGCCGCCGCACAAUAAUCAAUUCGAUCAUCCACUAGCUAGAAGUAGCUCUUUUGUGUGAUCGUUUCUUGAGAUGCUGCUCUGCACUGCUUGCUUCGUGGUCGUGGGCUCGUGGCUGGUCCUUUUCUUUUUUAACGAAUUCGUGGUCGUGGCUGGUGAGCUGGCCGGAGACGUCGAUCGGACCAUCCGUGGGUGGCACGCCGGGGAAUAGAUUGCAUAUUGGUGGUGGUGUUAUCGUUGUAUAAGCUUUACAUACAUGUAGGAUUAGAGUGUUAAUUUGAUGAGCAAACAUGUAUGCAGAUGGUCGUUAAUUUGCUGAUUAAUAAUGGCAACAAUAAUGAACAGCCUAGUGCACUG